CUGAAAGAAGAGGGAAGUUCAGUUUGUUUCCGUCGCGGGACGAACGCCUGGCUUCUGGUCUGAAGACAGACCUCAUGAAUGGAAGAAGCUGACUUCUGCUCUGCGAAGAUUCAAAUGUGACGCGUGCACGUCUUGUGUACAUGUCUUCAGUCCAUUCACCUGGACAAAUAGCAGAAUGUCUCAGCUGCAGCCUCCGAUCCAGCUCCGACUCGCUGCAGAGCCCCUGCUGGACGUCCAGGAGAUGCGGUUCUGGCUGGACAAAGCAGUGGCGUGGGGCCAGGCCGACCGCCCGGACACUCAGAAAGACACCGCCCUGCACUUGAGCAGACUGAGGGAUUUCCUCCAGCAACUGCUCACACUUAUCAACAACGUGAGCUCCACAACAGAGACCAUGAAGAGGCUGCCCCUCCUCGGCCAGUUUCUUGGCCGACUCUGCUGGAACCCGUAUGUCACUGCCGAUGCUACGGGCAGGAGGCUGUUGUUCCAGUGUCUGUGGGGACUGUACUCGGAGCUUCCAGGCAAUGCUGUGGAAACAAAGGCUAACCAGUGGAUACGGAAGGUGCUGUGUCAGCUUGCUACGGAGGAAGACGAUGCUCCAGCGCAGGCAUUGAUGAAGCAAAUUGGCGUUCCACCUGAAGAGUACCAUCUUGGAGUUCUGAGAAAGAUGGUGGCACUGCUGCAGGAAAACAUUGGGAAGAGCUGCAGUUCUUUGGGCGACAUUAAUCAGAGGUGUUCAUGCGACAGCAUUCUGGCCACAUCAGAAGCCUGCGUCCCCCUGGUCACGUGUCCUGAGGCUGCUCCUCUCAUUGGUGCACUGCUGCAGCUGCCAGGGACUUGUGUCAGGGCAGCACUGAGUGAAGACUUCCUGGAUGCUGUGAGCUCCGCCUACUCCAGCCAAUGCUUGUUGUUGGAGGAGCAGGCUGUGGUCUCUCUGUGGUAUCACAACCUGUCCAGCCUGGAGGAGGCCGUGCUCAGUCUGCUGGAGUGUGCUCUCACCACCUCGGGGUCAGAUCCUCACAAGCAACUGGAACAGUCAUUGCUGCCCAAAGCCUGUGCUCAGCACUGCUCUAUGUUCUUGGUUGUAAACGACAUCUUCAGGUCCAUCCUUAAGCAAGCCGAAGGGAAAGAGUCUGUUAAGUAUUUCAUCCAAGCCUUCACCAGCUGUUUCCUCAGGGAACGGGCACUGCAGCAGCAGAUGAGGGUAUCUUUGAAGGCCAUGUUCCCACAGUCACCUUCGAGUCUGCUGCUUCCUCUCUUGACCCGCCCAUCAGAGAUGCCUCAGGAGGCCUGGAGACAUCACCUGAACUGGCUCAGCGGCUCAUUACAGAGACUGACAGAGGAGGGAGAGGAGGGAGACGGAGACAACAGCGCUAGCACCAGAUUAGCGAGGUACCACAAAGUGUUCGAGUCCUGGUUCCUGCUGGUUCAGUGUGCCCACUGGGUGCAAGUGGCUGUCCAGCUGCUGGUGACAUCGGAGCCCGAGGACCGUGGCCCCCUUUUGUGGCUGCUUAUCUUCUACCACCACCCCACUAACCGGGGGCACCACAGAGCACGGCAGCUGGUCCACGGCAAAGAAGCAUGGGACCAGCUACACUCCCUGUUCUUGACCUCAGCUCGUCCUCUCCCUGUUGACCGCCUGCAGCCAUUGGUCGCUCUGCUGUCACCACAAUCUCAGCAACCAUCGCUGUCUCCGUUAUUGAUCCUCAACCUGGUCGUCAACUGUGCUGUUUUUCUACAGCAAACCCUGAGUGCAUCAACAGAACUGAUACAGACGGUUGUGGACCGGUCUGGUCUGGUUGAUGAGGCAGAGUGUGUUCUCAGCUCACUGGAGUUCAGACUAAACGAAGAUAACUGCUUAUCAAGCGACACUAAAAGAGUUCAUCUCAGGAUCCACGCACUUCAAAACACACUAACACGUAUGCAUGCAGCAUCACGGCCUGCCGAGAACUAAGCACGCACAGACACACACACACACACACACACACUGACAAACUCACACUCUAAAAUAGGUGAGAAUGCAUACACAUGCACAUUAAUUCAUAAAACCACACAGCAGUGAGUUCAUCCUCAGCUCAGGUUUUUUUUUCCAAGGCACCUUUGCAGAAUGUCAAAUAGCCAGACUCUCGUGAAGACAUGCUGCGGUGCAAUGACAGGAGUGUGUCAAAACAGCACAGCAAGCACAGAUUAUGUGGAGAGGCUACAAUUAUACGCACACACACACACACACACACCUUCAUGGCCCACAAGGACACUUGAACGGUGACGGAUUGCACUGCAAAGAAGCAGCGGCUCCCACAAUGUGUCGGAGUCCUCCCAUUCAUAAUUGUCUCACAUGUACUUCCUUCACGUUACACAUGCUGACUAAAAGACAUUUAUGUUUGGAGGACAGGAAAACCAAACGCCAGUUAUCUUUGUGUGAUUUGUGUUCCAAUGUUAAAUUGUGUAAUGUUUAUAAGAAAUGUAAAUGUAAAUAUUAAUGUCUUUGUGCAUUUUCUAUUGCUUCAUUAUUUAUACAGAUGGAGAAUGACUCCUUUUUUGUGUUAUCGAUAAUAUGUCUCUACAUAUCAACCUUUUAUGAGUACUGAUUGACUACUGCAUGAGCUGUAAAGAAAGAGAAACUAAUGCAUACUAUAUAUUAACAUUUCUUGUGCUGGCAUCGUGCAGGAUGUUUGAUAUUGUGUUUUCUAUUUGGUACAUAAUGUACUUGUAAUGCGUGUAAUUUGUAAACAGAUUUGAUUUCCACCUUUUUAAAAGUAAAUAUUGGAGUAAUUACUUGAG